CCGCGGACUCAGUACGAGUUGUGGAGCCAGGCGGGCCGGGGAGCGCACGGGGCCGGAGUCUGCGAUCGCUGCGCGCAGUUCUGUUCGUCUCGCCAGCGCUCCGCGCACGGAGCUGCCAGGGGAAGGCAGCACAGCUCGGCUCGGCGAGCCUAUGGCCCUGGGGGUAGAGCCGGCUCGCCCCUGAUCGCCGGCACCCCGCAACGGGGGGCGCACGGGAAUGGCGCGGGGACUGUGCCGCAGGGCACCCUGCUGAGAUGCUCUUGGACUGGCGCUAGGGUCCCGCUCUCCUCCGGGCUGGGGCUGUCCCUGGAUCGGUGCCGGCUCCACGCCCGCAGCUCGCCGCAGCUGGGAGCCCCGCGCGUCCACGCUGCCCCGUCGGGGGGCUCAAACCCCGGAGUCGUCCGAAGAGGCUUCCCAAGGACUCUGCCUAGACUUAGACCCACCCCACCAUGCCCCUCCUUGGCGUCAUCCUCUGGGUCACUCUGCUGACGCUGGGCUGGCGGGCGGCCCACGCCAAGGACUAUGUCUUUGCCACACCAAGGGUGCAGCUCUCCUUCAAAGAGCUGAAGGCCACCAGCACUGCUCACUUCUUCAACUUCCUGCUCAACUCCACGGACUACCGCAUCCUGCUGAAGGACGAGGACCAUGACCGCAUGUACGUGGGCAGCAAGGACUACAUCCUCUCGCUGGACUUGCACGACAUCAACCGAGAGCCCCUCAUCAUUCACUGGCCCGCGUCCCAGCAGCGGAUCGACGAGUGCAUCUUGUCGGGGAAGAACAACGACGGCGAAUGUGGCAACUUCAUCCGCCUGAUCCAGCCCUGGAACCGGACCCACCUGUACGUCUGUGGCACUGGCGCCUACAACCCCAUCUGCACCUUUGUCAACAGGGGGCGCAAAGCACAGGCCUUUGCGCUGACCCAAAGCGUCCAGCCGGGAGGACGGGGAAGCCGAGCCGCAGACUCCUCCCACAGCCCGACACCAGCAGAACGCAAGGAUUAUAUCUUCUACCUGGAGCCGGAGAAGCUGGAAUCAGGGAAAGGGAAGUGCUCCUAUGACCCCAAGGUGGACAGCGUCUCAGCCUUGAUAAAUGAGGAGCUCUAUGCUGGCGUCUACAUUGACUUCAUGGGCACGGAUGCGGCCAUCUUCCGCACCAUGGGCAAGCAGACAGCCAUGAGGACUGACCAGUACAACUCCCGCUGGCUGAACGACCCAGCGUUUGUUCACGCCCAGCUCAUCCCGGACAGCGCUGAGAGGAACGACGACAAGCUUUACUUCUUCUUCCGGGAGAAAUCAGCUGAUGCCCCGCAGAGCCCUGCUGUCUACUCCCGCAUCGGGCGCAUCUGCUUGAAUGACGACGGAGGUCACUGCUGCCUUGUCAAUAAAUGGAGCACGUUCCUGAAAGCCCGGCUCAUCUGCUCCGUGCCGGGGCCUGACGGGAUCGAAACGCACUUUGAUGAACUCCAGGACGUGUUCAUCCAGCAGACCCAGGACGUGAAGAACCCCAUCAUCUACGCCGUGUUCGCUGCCUCUGGGUCCGUGUUCAAAGGCUCCGCUGUGUGUGUGUACUCCAUGGCCGACAUCCGCAUGGUCUUCAACGGGCCCUUCGCCCACAAGGAGGGACCCAACUACCAGUGGAUGCCAUACACGGGCAAAAUGCCCUAUCCACGCCCGGGCACCUGCCCAGGAGGCACCUUCACCCCCUCCAUGAAGUCAACCAAGGAUUAUCCAGACGAGGUGAUCAACUUCAUGCGCUCGCACCCGCUGAUGUACCAUGCCGUGUACCCCGUGCACCGCCAGCCGCUGGUGGUGCGCAGCAACGUGCACUACAAGUUCACCACUGUGGCCGUGGACCAGGUGGACGCAGCCGACGGGCGCUAUGAGGUGCUUUUCCUGGGCACAGAUCGCGGCACAGUCCAGAAGGUGAUCGUCCUCCCCAAGGAUGACCUGGAGACCGAGGAGCUGAUGCUGGAGGAGGUGGAAGUGUUCAAGGUUCCAGCCCCCAUCAAGACCAUGACCAUCUCCUCCAAGAGGCAACAGCUGUACGUGGCCUCGGCCAUAGGAGUGACCCACCUGGCCCUGCACCGCUGCGACGUGUAUGGGGAGGCCUGUGCCGACUGCUGCCUGGCCAGGGACCCCUACUGCGCCUGGGACGGCAAGGCCUGCUCCCGCUACUCAGCAUCCUCCAAGAGGCGGAGCAGGCGCCAGGAUGUCCGGCACGGUAACCCCAUCCGCCAGUGCCGGGGCUACAACUCCAACGCCAACAAGAACACGGUGGAGGCCGUCCAGUACGGGGUGGAGGGCAGCACGGCCUUCCUGGAGUGCCAGCCCCGCUCCCCGCAGGCCACCGUCAAGUGGCUGCUCCAGAAGGACAACAGCGACCGGCGGAAAGAGCUGCGCAUGGAGGGCCGGGUGCUGCGGACAGACCAGGGACUGCUUCUGCGCUCCCUGCAGCUCUCAGACAGCGGUCUCUACUCCUGCACGGCCACCGAGAACAACUUCAAGCACACAGUGGCCAAGGUGCAGCUGCACGUGCUGAGCAGCGAGACCGUGCACAGCGUGCUCUUCCAGUCAGAGGCACCCGCCCUGCAGGCUGACGGCGACAUCUCCACCUCCGCGCUGGGCAUGCGGGCUGGCCUCCCUGGUGCCUCCGGCCCCCACUACCAGGACCUGGUGCAGCUCCUCACCCAACCUGAAAUGGGACUCAUCAACCAGUACUGCCAGGGCUACUGGCGGCAUGCAGCCUCCAGCCACAAGGAGGCACUGGCCAGCCUCAAAGCCAAGGAGCUGCAGGACGAGAAGAAGCCUCGAAACCGCCGGAAUCACCAGCCAGACGUGGACCAGCUCACAUGAAACCGCCGCCAGGGACUUUGUAAUAACAGUGCUAUAUUUUCCCCCCCUUUUAAUAUUAAAAAUAUCUAUAAAUAUAUAUAUAAAUAUAUAUAUAUAUACACACACACUCCCCCCCUCCCUUUCAAGACAGUAUUUAUUUGUAGGUUGUACAUAGUCCAUGGGAGAUGCGGUCCCACCCCUUUGCCCCAUGGCCCUCUGGGUAAGAUAGCCAGGUUCCCAGAGGCACCCUGGCCAGCAGCUUGUCCUUUUCUCUUCCUAACUUCUAUGGUACUGUAAAAUAAAAGGCAGGCACCGAGCAUGGGGGUGGGGCUAGGGUAAGAUCCCCUCCUCCGGUCCCUCAUCAAACCAGAAGCUCUUGAUGCUAACGUAGAAAUGGCCAGCACAGAACCUAAGCUGGGGUGCCAUUGGUGGAGCUGCCAUAUUCCCUCUCCCCCUGGCAUGGGUGGAGGAGCCUGGGUUUGGUCUGUUUCCUGCCAGUGCCCUUGGCAUUGAUGUGUGCUGGGCCCGAGCAAGGGGGGUGUCUGACUUAGGGAUGGGAAGUCCAUGCUGGGGGUGGAACUUCUUGGCCACUGACCAUAUCCUUCCCCUGUUGGCACUGGACGAGGAGGGGACUGGCAGGGAGAAAGAGAAGUGGUCCCCUCAAGGGAACAGAGUCCCCAGGAGCUGGCACCCACUGUGCAUGCACGCCCGAUGGCACGUCACUCCUGGCGGGACUGUCCAGGCUGGGUGCCUCUCGAAUGCCCAGGGAGGCGCCAUCGCUGGGCUAAACCCCGUGGGGGUUGAGGGCAGAAGGCCAGGCUUUUCCACCCGCCACUGGCCACGCAUCACUCCUGCGAGGGGUAUGUCUGGGAAUGAUAUCACAGGCUCAGCCUGGCCUGAUUGGUGGAUGAUGUGAUGCCCUCCAGGGGGUGGAGCUGCAGUGGUAUAAAAAGCAGGCUCUGUGGCCAGAUUAAAUCAGGGAUUCAGGAAGCAGAAUCAGGGAUUCAGGUGAGGAUGUCAGCUGCUGCUGUGCUCCUCUGGUGCCAGCUGCACCCAGCAGGCAUGCCCCUUCCUGGGCUCUGCUGCAGUGGCACCUCGGAGGGUACUAGGGACACUGGGCAUAGGGGCCAGGAAUGGCUGGGGCAGACACUCCGCCCCCCCCCCCCUCCACUGGAGGUGGGAAGAAUCCUUUUGGCAGGCAGGGUGAAGCGAGGAAAGGACAGAGCGAGUAGGAGGAUGGAGCGAGGCAAGUGGGGGAGAAGAGGCAGGCAAUGGGUACCUGGGCAGCCAGGUCCUCCCUACUGAGUGACUUGGGCAAGUCACUCCCCUCUUGGUGCCUCAGUUUCCCCAUCUGAUUACUUCUCAUUAUUUAUUAAGCCAUGGCCCCACUGCUGCUGGACCUGGCAGCAGCAGCCUCUCUGCUGUGUGGCUUCAUGAUGGGGGGAGGAAAGGAAGGAGUGUCAGUAUUGAGCUGUGAGGCAUUGUGGGUAGUGAAGUCCUGAGACACGUGGUCGCUGCACUGGGCCAUGUGGGAGCUGAGUAGUGGGUUUCCUGGCAGCUGCACUGUCCCAGUCAUGGGGACUGGGAACUAGGGAAGCGUGUAUGCAGGGAGGGAGCCAGAGGGAUGGGGGGUGAAAAAAGGGGUCAUGGGCGGGGGCUGACUGGCUAAGAGCACUGCCUGUAUUCAAUCCCUAGGGCUAGUGGCCACAGCCACACUCACCCUGGCAGACCCCAGAGUGCUUUGCAAACUGGACCGACAGAGGCACUUCAGUCACCUCUCGGGGUGGGGCGGUUACAAUAGUGCCUCUGCCCCACAGCUUAAGUCAGGACUCCGAAAUUGCCCCGGGAGCUGGGGGGAAGGGGGGAAAUUGGACUCCAGAUGCUUGGGGCAGGCAUUGGCUGCUGCUGCUGCCGUAGGGGUUUUAAGGCCUGUGCUCAAAGCACCUGCCUGAAGGGGCUGUUAAUUGGUGGGGAGAGACAGAGCCUGGGGUUUACCCUGGCUCCCCUGCUCCCAGCCUGUGCUGCCUGGGGUCACCACUAGGGGCCAACCUCAGCCCUGGAUUCAGCAGGGGGCCCAGCUCAUGGGAUCACAGAGCCGCUGGCAUGUUGCCCACACCACCCCAAUAGUUCAGGCCAAGUCCGUGGCUGGUGCAAAGCAGCGCAGCAUCACGGCCUGCCGUGGGUAUUGGUGGGGCUUCACCCCUUCCCACCAGCUGAGGAUCUGGCCCUGGCCCCUCCAGAGUCAGGUGCCCAUCCGUCCACUAGCGUGGCAUGGUCCCAGUGCACAUGGGCACUCCAUGGCCAUUAGCAGCUGCAGCACUGCCCGCUGGGGCAAUCCAGGCAGGCUGGAGCAGUGGGGCCAAGCAGGGCAGGCACUGCUCCCCAGACCGCGCACAGGAAGGUUACUCAGGCUCAGGGCGAGGGGGCUGGCCUGAGAGCUGGGAACACAAAGAGGACUGGGUGCCAGUCUGGGAAAAGACACCAUUAGCCACAAGGAUCACUGCCCCAUCUGAGCCAUGAUGUGUGGGCACAGCCACACCCAGAGCCAGCCCUGGCUCUGCACACUGGUAGAGCCAGGCACCUGGCAGGAGCAGAUGGAAGCCAGGGCAGUACUCACUGCACUAAGUGCUGACUCUCCCCGGGCAGGGGAGACUAUAGCAUAAAGAUCAGCUCUCCCCAAGCAACUCCUGGCUUUCUGGGGUUGGAACCAGCUGCCCUAGGUGGCAAGCACAUGGGGCUAUAGAAAUUAGUGGCUAGCCCCAUAGAGGUCUGUAGUGAAAGCUGGGAAUACUAUGGAUAACCAUGCAUGAUUUCAGAUAAGGGAAGAACAUGUGACAGGGUCAUUGUGCUGGGACACACUUCACCCUGCAAUUCCACCACAGUCAGAGUGCCUGGGCGCCCCGGGGGCAGUGCCCAUCUCUGUUCACAUGACAGGCAUCCGAGAGUCAUCCAUUGGUUUUCCUCUGAGAUAACAAUGCCAAGUUCCUUACGCACACACACACCCUUAGGGCUCUGCUCCCCCCAAGCAGAUGGGUAAGGGAGCAAAGCAUCCUGGGGUCAGUUAUGCAAAUUCCAAAGCAGGAAGUCAGGCCCUGAGAGCCCCACCCCUUUGCUCCCAGCUAGUUGAGACUCAAAAGGGUACACCAUGGUGCAUAGGGAUAGGCAGGGAGAGCUCACCCUUGCCAGGCCAAACCAGUAAGACAGGAAUUGUGCCCUUUGCUUCCCCGUGCUGCUAAUGCCUGGUGUUAACCACUUCCAAGUGGGCCACUUCUGUGAUUGAGUGGCCCAUGGCUCAUGUGGUGUGUACUGACAGGUACACGCCAGGGCCCUGCCCAUCCAUUUCCCUUGCCCCCCACCCCAUGGGACAGCUGCCUGCGCCGGUUCAGACCAAGCGCAUCUGCUCUCUGGUGUAAAUAGUUGUAAAUGGCGAAUGUAACAGAAGCGGAGCAGGCAGCAAGGCUGAGCUCCAAGGCACAUCACACCUGUAAUGUGAACUUCCUGUGGCUGGGAACAAACUAAUAAACACUGGCUUUGUUUAUGGA